UUUUUCAUUGUUGAAGGUAGACCUCAUUUUCUUCACCUGCACAAGAAUGAAAUAAGUCACGUGUUUACCUCGGACUUGGAGUGCCUACUGCCUAAUGUACCUAGUCGAAAUGAAACUGCGAAGUAUUCUCCGUACGUAAUGUACAGCUUAGAAGUUAGAAUCCGAGUUCUAUGGAAAUAGAAUUACCACAUAUCCGUCGCAAUUCGGGCAGAAGACAGGGCACCAACUGCCUUGGAUCCCACGCGAUAGCCUCAGUGCGAUGACGACUAUUAAACCGGCCGAACACCGACUGAACGGCAGACCACGCGUCCGUCCCACCCGGAGCGGAACGGUGCCUGGCUCAGUAGCAGCAGGGUCAACAGAAACAGCCCGAGGCAUAUCAUCGCUCAUCGCAGCCCGGUACAGCCCGCCACAGUCAGCUGCAGCCUGCCACAGCCCAUCCUCAUCUCCCUGUUCCGCCCGUGCCCGGCCAUGUCGCCCCUGCCCAGACUGGCGGCUCUGCUGCUCGCCGUCAUUACCGUCGUCCUGUCGUGUCCCAGUCCCGACUGGCUGGCCCUCACUGACGGCGAGUGCUUCCUGCCGCUGGUACCGCCCUUCUCCUCCAUGGACGCCGACGAGGCCGUGCAGACGUGCCACUUCUUCGGGGCGGACGUCACCCUGCCAGAGGUGCUCAGCGCCCCCAGUCAGGAGAGGGUGCACCUGCUGACCGGAGGCAACUCGGCCUGGCUGGGUCUGCGCAGGGCGAACUCCUCCAGUCCCUGGCUGUGGCAGGGCGGCCGGCCGGCCAACUACACUCAUUGGAGGGACGGCCAGCCCUACGACACCAACGGCCGUGACUGUGUCGCCAUGGACCGCGACGGAUACUGGUCCAAUGUCGACUGCAACAGCUACAACUAUUUCGUCAUCUGCUAUUAUAAAUUGGCCUGAGUGUUGGCCCCAUGUCACCGAGCGUUGAGAUACAAAGCACCAGAUAAACAGCGAUUUUAUCUUUCACGGAGAAACGCGCUGCAAUAUCUAUCUCAUCCAGUCCAGUCGCAAAUAAAACAGAAAAAUCUAUCA